AAGUCGGCCGUGUCUCUCCCCAAAUCAACCCCAUCUCCAAGCAAGCUUCCAUCGCCGCUACUCCAAUCUCCAAUCCAAUCCAAGCCCAGGGCACGCGCGCGAGGCGGGGGAGAUGACGGUGACCAAGGUGGACGCGGCCCUCGACAACUUCGACGACCUCUUCGCCAGCCACUUCGCCGCCGCCGCCGACGGCGGCGGUAGCAGCAGCAGCAACGCCGUGAAGCUGCUGCUCUUCCUCGCCGACCGCGAGCCCUCUUCCAACCUCACCUGGUGCCCCGACUGCAAUGUGGCGGAGCCGGUGAUCUACCCGAAGCUGGACGCGCUGGAGGGCAGGGACGUGGUGCUCCUCCGCGCCUUCGUCGGCGACAAGCCCACCUGGAGGGACCCGGCCCACCCCUGGAGGCUCGACCCGCGUUUCCGCCUCACCGGCGUGCCCACGCUGCUCCGCUGGGACGCCUCCAAGGGCGAGGCCACGGCCAGGCUCGGGGACGACGAGGCUGGGGUCGCCGACAAGAUCGACGCCCUCCUCCUGCUCGAUUGAAGUUCUGAUAUCUCUUCCUGCGCUAUCAUCGCUGGAUGAACAAACUAUGUGUGAUCCCGAGCGUUCGUUAAACCUGAACAUGCCCGCUGCUGAAAUAAAUAGAAACAUGGAAUUCGGCGAUAA